CUUGAUUUUCUGGUCAUUUGCAGCAGAAGUAAUGAACUGUUACGGCAAUUAUAUAGUUGAUUUCUUUGAUCGCAAUAUGCAAGGAUAACUGUACUUGAUUAAGUAAUAGGCUUCAGUAGCUUAAUUGCAGGGAAGCCAUAAUGUGUUGACUGAUUAUAUCCUGGCAGGCUGUUGUAGCCACAAUUUGGUGAACAUCUUCUUGGCAAUCAAUAUGGCUAAUCUCGUGACGCCAAGUAGCAGCGAGUUAGUACCAACGGAGAAACCUGGCAAUCUAGGAAUUAAAAUUCUAUCAGUUUUCUUUGUGUGUUUGGGUUGCUUGUUUUUUGUUUACAUCUGUUUUAAGUUGGUGAUGUGGGUUAUAAAAAGAGGCAGAAAACGCUCAAAUAGAGAGAAAAUUACUGAAGGCUUCAACAAGGUAUGUGAUGGAUGUAGGAGAGUGAAGGAUCAUUGCAGUUGUAAAGAGGAAGAAAGCCAUGAGGUCAUCUCCGAAGACUCGACCUUCAAACAACCCAGGCCACAAUUUGAUAAUACUCUGAGUUUUAUCAAAGAAGAAGAAGACCACACGGAAGAGGGUUCUGUCAAAGAAGAUGACAACAAAAACGAACAAUUUGCCAAAGAAGAAGAAAACAUGGAAGCAUGUUUAUUAAAAAAGGAAGACAGCAAGGAAGAUGGUUUCAGUCAUAGCUAUGAACAGGUCAUUUCAGCUGAUUUUAACGAAGAUGACGUCAAAUCACCUGACGAUUCAGCAGUAGAGGAGUAGCAGGCAAGUAGAGCAGAGGGGGAUCUUAGCAGGUGACAACUACAAACUUUCAGAUAUUCUAAGAGAUGAGGGUACUCCCAAUGCAGAUAAUGAACUUAAAAUCUUUACAGAUAGUUUUGUUGUAGUACCAGUAUAAUAGAUUACACUAUCAUUAAUAAGCCCGGUACUACAUAAUAAUGUUUUCUGUGUGUGAAACUAACAAUAACAUUAGUAAAAUUAAAUAGAUAGAUAAUAAUUACUGAUCUAUUUAAGAUGAACAUAAAUAGAAAUGUUCUUUGACUCAAGCAUUUAUUAAAAUUCAAAUUUAUUGAACAACAUUUACACAUUUUUCAUUAAAAAUUAUUUUAAUAGUGCUUAUUCAAAUUAUGAAUGUUAUUGUAAUUACAUUGUUCUGUACUAUAUUAUUAUGAUUCAUAUUGAUAUUGUAUAAUCUGUCCUACAUAGUCAUGAGUUAAUAAUAGGCUUAUAACGAAAUAAAUGUUAUGUGAAUUGAAUGCUAAAUAAAUAAUAGAAAAUAGUAGCAAAA